CGCGGCUUUCGGAUUUUCAAACAUGGACUCAAGAGGUACAAAACAGUUCAAGAAAAAGGAGAAAUCUUUUCAGAAGAAAACCACAGACAGCCCCAAAUUUAAGAAAAUUAAAGGUUCUGCAAAACAGCACAAUAAAAGCACAGGACAGAGUCCCAAGGGAAAUGCUAAAUCUAACAAGUUUGAAAAGGGUGCAAAGAAAGACAGACCAGGAGGCAAAGCAGGGGUGAAACAAUUUGCUGCCAAGAAUGCUAAGCAGGGAGGUGGCUUCACAAAAAAGAGAAAGCAUCAAGCAGAGGACCAGGAAGGUGGCUCAGAAGCUAAGAAGCCAAAGUGGGAUGACUUUAAAAAGAAGAAGAAAGAAUUAAAGCAGACCAGACAACAAAACGACAAGGACAACUAUGAUAUUAUGGCAAAAUCCAAGCACAUUUGGGAGACUAUAAGAAGAAAAGACUGUGAUGGAAAAAAGAGAUCUAAACUAAUGGAUGACCUGGAGAAGGUGCUUCAUGGCAAUGUGAAAAGUAUUGCUUUUGCUCACGACACAACUCGUGUUAUCCAAUGUUACAUAAAACAUGGAAACGAGGAACGCAGACAACAAGUGUUUGAAGAACUUAAAGAACACAUAGUAGACUUGAGCAAGUCAAAGUAUGCCAGAAAUAUUGUUAGAAAAUUCCUGAUGUAUGGAUCAAAAGCCCAAGUGGCAGAAAUAAUUAAAAGUUUUAAAGGGCAAGUGAAAAAACUACUCCGGCAUUCAGAGGCUUCAUACAUUGUGGAGUAUGCAUACAAUCACAAAGCUAUCUUGGAGCAGAGAAACAUGCUCUGCGAGGAACUUUAUGGGAAUACAUUCCGCUUCUAUAAGUCAGCCAUUCACCCAUCUUUAGAUCAGGUAUUAGAAGCUCAGCCAGAAAAGAAGGACUCUAUCUUGGAUGAAAUGAAACAGAUACUGGUUCCUCUAGGCCAAAAGGAGGCUGUGAUUAAACAUUCGCUGGUGCAUAAAGUAUACCUGGACUUUUUUAGUAAUGCAAGUCCCAAAAUACGAUCUGAAAUGAUUGAAGCUAUCAGAGAAGCUGUAGUAUAUAUAAUACAUACUCAUGACGGUGCCAGAGUAGGAAUGCACAGUGUAUGGCAUGGCACCCCAAAGGACCGAAAAGUAAUUGCAAAAACUAUGAAGACAUAUAUUGAAAAAAUUGCCACAGGGGAAUUUUCCCAUCUUGUCCUGCUGGCAAUGUUUGAUUGUGUGGAUGACACCAAGUUAUUAAAACAGUUAAUUCUUUCUGAACUAAUCAGCUCUCUGCCCAGCAUAAUAAAUGACAAAUAUGGGAGGAAGGUACUGUUGUAUCUAUUGAAUUGGAGAAACCCUGCACAUUUUGUACCUGAAAUUGUAGAGGUUCUCAAAAAGGGAGAUGACAAUGCACACAGCAAAAAAGAUCCAACUGUACGACAGCAUGAGUUAUUGGAAUCCAUAUCUCCGCCCUUGCUAAAAUAUCUUGAGGAGCACAUACAAGAUGUGGUAUUGCAGAAUGCACUGUGCGGCAUGGUUACCAGCAUUCUGUUGUGUGCACUAGGGGAUCCCCAGCCUGUAAUGAAUGCCAUAGCCAGCAUGGCAGCCGAGGAGUUUGUGCCAGGAGGCAAAGAAGGACAGCUUCACAUUGCAGAACAUCCUGCAGGUCACCUGGUACUGAAAUGGUUGCUAAAGCAAGAUAAAGACAUGAAAGAGAAAGGUAAAGAAGGCUGCUUUGCAAGAACCCUGGUGGACCAUGUAAGCAUAGAGAAACUCAGUCAGUGGGCACAAGUGAACAGAGGCGCAAUUGUCCUUUGCUGUCUUCUUCAGAGUUCAGAUGAAGAAAUUGCUGCACAAGUAAAAAAUGGACUCAAGGGGCUUGUAUCCAAGCCGAAAAACUCCACCAACACAAAGGCAAUAGAGGCCUUAAUAGAACAGUUACAUUCUCCCUAGUCAUGGCGUUGGCUGUGCCGUUAGAUAAUUGCGUUCAUGUAAAACUGAAAUCAUAUAUCAUUUUGUCUGUUGUGGGAGACUGUAGGAAUGUUUUAUAUUUAUAAAUAAAACUCUUCCGACA